UCAUAGUGUAAUAUAGUGCAUCAUCAAAGUUGUUGUGAAUAUAUUAAAGWCUUAUAAUUAUAUAUAUUAAAGUAAAGUACCUAUUAUUUAAUAUUUAUUAAUGUAAAGUUUUAACACUCAAAAUGGGUAAAGAGUACAGCUACAUAAUAUUAUAUGUAAUAAAAUACAAUAAAUGCAUGUAGGUUUAAUUUUAACUAAUAUUCAUGUCCAUUAUCAAUUWUUUUUUUUAAUUUGAGUCGUGAAUCAAAAGAAAAACCAAAGUUAGCGGAAGAAAAUGCAUAACCRUGCAUCUGUGGCAGGUACRAAGAAUGUAUUGCCCACCGUGGAAAGAGGAACAAUGACGUGGAGAAGAAACAAAUCGUAUGCUAWAGGGAUCAAUAUGUCRGCCGUGAUCGUCGUUGGAUUACUUGCGCUAUUGUUGGCCACCCAAUCAUCCAAURGUCAAGUCGACCAACUYCUCUCGGUGACGAUUCCGAACUGUCAAGAUGAACGGUUUCCUAAAGAAGCGGUCGCGGAGUGUCGAGUCGACGAAAUUCCUGAAGUGAGGGCCGUGGACGACGGUGUCAACCGAAUUCUUGCAGUGGCGAGUGCGGACGAUCAAGUCGACAGAAGCCCCGAAGUGGCAAUCGAGGAUGGUCUGCCGGGGCCGUGGAUAUCCGACCUGUUUUACCAGGCACUAUUCAAUUUCAAAAUUCAGCACGUCGGCAGCUCCAUUUGCCGGACCCAAUCCGACAUGUAUGACAGACAUUUGCGGAACCACACCAGUUGGGCGGUUAGAAUGGCGGAAUCCUGGAACCGAUAUCCGACUGGCAUAUUAGCGGGCAACCAAUAUCACAUGGGAACUUACGACGAAUGCGUUGACGUACGUCACCCGGUGAUAGGACAGUAUUGCUUGUCCGAAAUAAAUCUAAGUCCAUUGACCGGUAGAGAUUACAGUUUCAAUACAACGGAUGAUCUAGAUGAUUUUGGGAAUAAAAAUGCCUGGAAUACGAUACUCGGGUGGGGCAAUUAUCCAGACAAAGUGAAACGAAACAAAUUGAAUUUGGGAAUAUGCAUUCCGGAUUCAUGUUCGGCGUUCGACCUGCAAACUUCAUUGCAAAACGAACUGGACAGGGUGUUCACACCAGAAGACAUCAAAGCUGUCGUGAAAGUGGAUCCGAUAAAGUGCACGGUCAGAGGAGACAUGUAUCCCUACAACACAUCGUACUACGUGACCAGAAUGUUUUUUUUAAUUCUUGUUUUUAUUUGUUGCGGCACAACGUUGUAUCAUUACAUAAAAAUAUCAUACAAUAAAAAUCCAAGAGAAACCACCAGUGAAGGUUUCGGUUCAUUUUACAAUACAUUUUCAUUCAUUGAUUCGACCAAAGCUUUGUUAAAAUUCGACAAGGACAACAAUCUAAAUUCACUCUAUGGAUUUAAAGUACUAAUGAUGAUAAUCGUUAUAAUGGGUCACAGAUUAUUUUAUGUGUUUGGAAAUCCCAUGAGUAAYCCUAAACAUUUAGAAAGUAUAUAUCACAAUGGUCCUGAUCUUCUAUUGACUGUUGCAAAUUUGGUCGACCCAUUUUUUUUCAUAAGUGGUUUUAUCAUGUAUUUAAACGUCUCUCGGUCAUCUAAAAACAAAGUUGGAAUCAAAAAAAUCACAUCGCCAAUUAUUCACCGAGUAUUAAGAAUGUUACCGGCGUAUUGCUCAAUGAUGGCGAUCACGGCGCAUAUCGUACCUCACCUUGGGGACGGACCACUGUGGCCAAAGAUUAUAUGGGAAGAAUCUGAUAUUUGUAAAAAUUAUUGGUGGACGAAUUUGUUGUUCAUAACCAAUUUUCUCGAAAACAAAUACGGAUGCCUCCUGGUUAACUAUUAUGUGUCAUGUGACGUUCAGUUCUUUGUAGUUGGAGUGAUAAUUGUUUAUGUUUACAUGGAAAAUUCCAAAUUUGGCAUCGGAUUACUCGGUAUAGUAUUGACUUUAUCGGUAUCCGUGCCGUUUCUGGUCACGUUUAUGAUGGAAAGAAACGGGAUUGACCUAUUUUAUGUUUCAUAUUUAGAAAGUUUAAGGUUUUACUUAACGGUAAAUGAGUCGUACAGAUUAAGUUACAUGCGAGCCACACCUUUCUUUGCUGGUUUAGCCACGAGCUUUAUCGUGGAAAAGUUGAAGGAAAACAAAGUGAAAUUUUCUCAUAUUACUGUCUACGGUGGGACACUCAUUGUUUUCAUAGUCUGUCUUUACGCACAGCUAUACGGUGUAAAAUUUUACUCUCAGCAUAGACCUUAUUACCCGGUGGAACACGCUUUGUACUCAGUUGUCAGUCAUUGUACGUGGUCGGUAUGGGGCAUGUGGUGUUCCAUUUGCUUGUUCACGACUGGAUAUGGUCCCUUUAAAUACAUAAUGAAUAACAGACUUGCUGUGGCUUUGGGAAAACUAUCGUACUCAGUUUUUUUGGUGAAUAUUACUGUCAUUAUGAUGUCUCAUAGUACAAUGAGAUCGCCGUUUUAUCUUUCGGAUAAGUCCGUGGUGGAUUUAUGGAUAUUUGAUAUAUUUAAGAGUUAUGUGGUGGCCUUCGCAUUAUACUUGGUAGUUGAAGCACCAUUUAAUAAAAUUAUUAAACGAUGGAUUGAACAAGGGUAAAGAAGAAAAACUUAGUACUUAAAUAUAAAGCUUAUUAUUAGUGCCUAAAUCGAGUCAUCAAUAAAAAAUUAUUCGAUUAGUUUAUACUUUAUAGCAAUUGCUGCAGCUAUGUAUUUUUUUAAAAUCACAUAUAACUGAUUACACUGUUAAUAGGUACUGCUCAUGUUUAGAAUUUUGAAAAUUUUUAGA